UUCACACCAUUCGCAGCUGACGAUGUUAUCGCACGGAUGCGGCGCAAGUCACGACACCACGCUCACACGCAUCCUCAGCUUUCCCUGCCUCUAAACAACACACUCCUAUUUCUUAAUUUUCAUCCAAACACGCCCUUACAUCCUUAUCACAUCACUACAAAAACCGGCCUCUGCUAAUCUCAAAUUAUAUUGUAUCUAUCGAUUUGUUUUCUUUUUUUAUUUGAACUUCCGAUGGCGGGUGAUGAGAACAAGGCGGUGUUUGAUAUGGAAGCAGCGAGUGGAAUGGUGAAUGAAUUAAGAGGAAGUUUUGGGGCUGGUAAAACGAGAAGCUACGAGUGGAGAGUGAGUCAGAUAAAAAGCCUUGUGAAGUUAUGUGAGUUUCACGAGAAAGAGAUCGUUGAAGCUCUCCGUCUCGAUAUUUCUAAACCUGAACUUGAAUCCACUGUCUACGAGAUAGGUAUGCUUAAGAACUCAUGCAAAGUGGCACUCAAGGAAUUGAAACGUUGGAUGAAGCCAGAAAAGGCAAAGACCUCAUUGACAUCUUUUCCUUCAUCGGCUGAAAUAGUGUCAGAACCAUUGGGUGUUGUAUUGAUAAUUUCCGCAUGGAACUAUCCUUUAUUGUUGUCUCUUGAUCCAGUUGUUGGAGCUAUUGCAGCUGGUAAUGCCGUGGUCUUGAAACCUUCAGAAAUUGCUCCAGCCACAUCCUCAUUGCUUGCAAAAUUAGUAGCAGCAUACUUGGAUCCUUCUUGCAUAAGGGUUAUUGAGGGGGCUGUUGCUGAAACUACUGCCCUGCUGGAGCAAAAGUGGGAUAAAAUAUUUUAUACAGGCAAUGGAAGAGUAGGACGUAUAGUGAUGGCAGCUGCUGCAAAGCACUUGACACCAGUUGUUCUGGAGCUUGGAGGAAAAUCUCCAGUUGUCAUUGGCCCAGGAAUCAAUUUACAAGUUGCAACUAGGCGGAUAAUUGCAGGCAAGUGGGGUUGUAACAACGGGCAAGCUUGUAUUUCUCCUGAUUACAUCAUAACAACAAAAGAUUAUGCUCCAAAGCUGGUGGAUACUUUAAAAGAAGAAAUAGAGAGAUUCUAUGGAAAAAAUCCAUUAGCGUCAAAAGAUUUGUCCCGAAUUGUGAAUUCAAACCAUUUUGCUCGAUUGAGUAAACUACUGGAUGAGGAUAAGGUUUCUGGUAAGAUUGUAUAUGGAGGUGAACGAGAUGAAGAAAAUCUGAGAAUUGCUCCCACCAUCUUGAUGGAUGUUCCACAAGACUCUCUGAUGAUGAAUGAAGAGAUAUUUGGUCCCUUGCUUCCCAUUAUCCUGGUCAAUAAAAUUGAAGAGUGUUUUGAUCUGAUAAACUCAGGAACAAAGCCACUUGCUGCCUAUUUAUUUACAAAUAGUAAAAAACUAAAGGAACAGUUUGUGGCGUCUGUCUCUGCCGGCGGUGUAGUUGUCAAUGACACUACCUUGCAUCUUGCAGUUCAUAGUUUACCAUUUGGUGGUGUGGGGGAGAGUGGAAUGGGCGCAUACCACGGCAAAUUCUCAUUUGAUGCUUUUAGCCAUAAGAAGGCAGUCCUUUAUCGAAGUUUUGCGGGUGAUGCAGCAGUCAGGUAUCCGCCAUAUACUAAAGGAAAGGUACGCUUGAUGAAGGCUUUGAUUAGCGGUGGCAUUUGGAGCAUAAUCUGUGCUCUUUUUGGUUGGAGUAAAUAGAAAAUCCUUGAUAUAAGCUCCAUGGCACUGGACUUGUGUAAAUUGUUGAGUACUCUUGCAUCAUUUAAUUUGGAACAGUGUUUAUACAUCACAAUAAUAAAAAAUAAACGUUUCAACUUUAUAA